AUGCUCCUUUAAUUUGAAUGCCUUAGAAAGCAUUUGAUUUUUGAUAAAGCGUACAUCCUUUAAUGUUAUGAAAGAGAAGUGUUCAUUGGAGAAGUAAUUCUAAAAUUUUAGAAUAUAUUAAGAAUAGAGCAAAACCCAAAUACUAUUUUGAAGUGUCACUGAAGAAUUUUAUUGUAUUCCAUACUGAAUAAGAUUAUUUUGGAUUCUCCAUUCCCUAUAGAGGAAAGUUAAAGCUAUUUCAUGCAAAUUCCAAAAAAGUCAGAGAACUUAAAUUACUUUUAUCUGGAAAGAUUCUUUUUGGAGACUUGAAUUAAUUCUAUCUGUAAAAGCAUUAACUUGGACAUGGAUCAUUUUCAUACGUAACCCAAAUACUAAAUUUAAGGUUAAUUUGUUGUAGAACCUGGAAACCAAAGAAAUGGUGGCAGCAAAGUUUUUAAGUAAGCAAUGGAAACAUAAAACAAAUACAGAGCGAAUGAAGGCAAUAAUAUUAAAAUUAUUUAAAGGAAAUAAUAAACGAAAAUAAUAUAGUAUAAUCUUUGAAUCAUCCAAAUAUAACCAAAAUAAAAGAGGUCUAUGACAAAAAUUCAGAGAUAGUCAUAAUCUAUGAAUUUAUCGAUGGAGACACCCUUGAGAAAUAUUUACAUGACCAUUGUGG